AUGGCGCUGCGAGUGGCGCGGAGCGUGCGGGCCGCGAUCUGCAGCCUGCGCGCCAUCUCUGCGCCCAACGCGCCCUGCCCGCCGCGGCCCUGGGGACUGCGGGCGGGCGCCGUCCGGGCGCUGCGCACCGGCCCCGCUCUGCUGUCGGGUCGUAAAUUCACAGACAAACAUGAAUGGGUAACAACAGAAAACGGUGUUGGAACAGUGGGAAUCAGCAAUUUUGCACAGGAAGCUUUGGGAGAUGUUGUUUACUGUAGUCUGCCUGAAGUUGGGACAAAAUUGAACAAACAAGAGGAAUUUGGUGCUUUGGAAAGUGUGAAAGCUGCUAGUGAACUCUAUUCUCCUCUAUCAGGAGAAGUAACUAAAAUUAAUGAAGCGCUAGCAGAAAAUCCAGGACUUGUCAACGAAUCUUGUUAUGAAGAUGGUUGGCUGAUCAAGAUGACACUCACUAACCCUUCAGAACUAGAUGAACUAAUGAGUGAAGAAGCAUAUGAGAAAUACAUAAAAUCUAUUGAGGAGUGAAAAUGGAACCCCUAAAUAAACUAGUUUGAAACAACUUAAUCUAGCAUAGUUGUCUUAAAUUAGUGGUGGAUAGAUUUUUAAAAAGCAACUUUUAGCAAAAGAAACUACUUGAAACAAUGUUGCCUGAAGAAAAUACCCCUUAACUUCCUAAUGAUUUCAGAUAAACACUAUGCAUCUUUUUCACAACACCCUGUGAUUUUUAGGCUAGUGUCCAGUUAUAAUACUCAGAAUUCCUGAAAUUAUCUGUGGUAAAACUAGUUAUAAAAAUUAUGUAAUUCAAGGAUAACAUUGUUAUCUUAACCUUAUAUAAUAUUGUAACUUGCUUACAGCCAUCCCUGGAUUUGGGUCAAAAUACUCAAUGAACUUGCCACUGGAAAUAAAUGACAGUGGAGAAAAGUUUGUUAGUUGUAUAGCGUCCAGUGAAGAACAU